AAUAAUUUAAUGAUGGAAAUUAGAUUGAAAAUGAUGGAUGCUUUGACUGCCAAAUUGAGUCUUAAUUGCCUUUUGUGCUUAAAUAAAGAAGUUUGUUUUAUGUGUUAAGUCAUUUUCAUUAGUAGAUUAAUCAUGUUUGGCAAUCUCUGGUGAUGGCUUAAUUAUUACUAGAUAUGUAAUGCGAUGAUGGAAAUAUUAAAUAAAAUGAUGGAUGCUAUUUAUGUUAAUAUGAUUGUUUAUAAGGGUGUCUUGAUUGCGAAUACGAAUAAAAAUGUAAAUAAUGUGGUAAUUAAUACAUUUUAAAUAAUCAAAUAGCUAAAUGUUAAGAGAU